AUAAAUCGAACCUCAAGACUCUCUCCUCUUUUCAUUCCUCUUCUUUCGAUUUUUGUUGUGAAACAAACAAACAAACAAACAUCGCUCGAACCACCUGGUAAAAAAAAAAAAAAAUGGGUGGUGGAAAGGAUACUCAUCAUGAUGAGUCUGACAAAGGACUCUUUUCGCACCUGGCCCAUGCUGCUGCUGGACAUUCUUCUGGUCAGUACCCUCCACAGGGCUAUCCACCACAAGGAUACCCUCAACAUGGUGGCGGCUACCCUCCACAUGGUGGUGGUGGCUACCCUCCACAUGGUGGUGGCGGCUACCCUCCACAUGGUGGUGGCGGCUAUCCUCCACAAGGCGGCUAUCCUCCACAAGGCGGCUAUCCUCCGCAAGGCUAUCCACAGGCUGGAUAUCCUCCUGGUUCAUACCCACCAGCUGCUUAUCCUGGUCCAUCAGCUCCUCAUUCAGGACAUGGAGGCAUGGGGGCAAUGCUAGCUGGGGGUGCUGCUGCUGCUGCUGCUGCUUAUGGUGCCCACAACCUAGGCCAUGGCAGUCACAAUGUGGGCCAUGGCGUCUACGGAGGAGGCCAUGGUCUCUACGGAGGAGGCCAUGGUCACGGAAAGUUUAAGCACCAUGGUGGCAAGUUCAAGCAUGGGAAGCAUGGAAAGUUUGGGAAGCAUGGGCAGCAUGGAAUGUUUGGUGGUGGGAAGUUCAAGAAAUGGAAGUAAUUUGUGUGUAGUUUGACUUAAGAGUUGCUGAUUCUGGUUUCUAUGAAUAAGCCUAUACAUCUGUGAUGACCCAUAUUGGCCCUGCUUUUAUUAGAACAUUGAAUCAACUGGGCCUCUUGAGGAGGUUAGUUUGUAUUAUGUUUCAGUUUUCAAUCCCAUGAGUCAGUCAGCUUUUUAAUUGCUUAUAUAUUCUCAGUUA